UGCAAGUAUGGCAUACACGACAUAUUCUCGGCUGAUACAAAUAUUCCGUUUCCUCUUAAUGAUGUCCAAGGUGGUUUCCUGCAGUAUUACUGAUGAAGCGUCUUAAAAAUCUCGGACUGAAUCCAGAGUCAGAUUAUAUGAUGUCGGCGUCCACAGUCGCAACAUCGAGUGCUUCACUCACAAAACUUCGAUACAAUUAUUUUAUAAAUCUUUACGCUGUGGCAAAUUUUGGAUUACGUAAUAGCCAGUAUGAAAACAUAUUUGCUUUGAACACAUGGUAUUGCCACUCAUGGCAAAACUUUUCUGUCCUUUUGCUACAUCAAGAUAAUUACAUGACGGUGAAUAUCCUGAAUUUGAUACAUGUUGUGGUACCAACAUGACGCUGGAUAGACUGCUACAGAGCGUACCCCAAGUAUAAGUCAAGAUGAUUUACAUCUUGCUUCGUGACGUGAUCAUUACCUGUAUGUGGCUUUUUCGCUGGUUUAAUAAAACAGACUUUAGCCUGACUUCCGAAGUAAAUAGCACAAUUUCGAUGUCACGGCGGGAGCUGGCCCUUGUUCCAGUAAAUCUGUUAACAGCGCUUUUCAUACUCAUGAGCCUGCAUGAUUAUACUAUCAACCAGGUCUUGGAGGUUGAGUCUACGUUGCAUAACUUCGUCUUUUACUAAACGGCACGUCUUAUCCAGUCGGAGCUCAAAUUAAUCCAUGUUUAGCGGUACUGUCACCCGACUACUGUAUUAUAACACGUGCAGGAUUGUUACCACUGCUAUUCAGCCUUCCUAAGAAGUGGUGAUCUGCGGGGUCAGAAAUCGAGGAGAGAAUUAGCGGAUAUUGUCCAAUGUUGAAUGCUCAAAUUACCGCAGUACCGAUAGACCGAUUUGAAAAUUAUCAGCUUGAUGGAAAAUUCCGGGCUUGCACCGCGAUCAUUCCAUCAUUGUCGAGGAUACGAUAUGUGCAGCAGGAAGUGCGGACCACAAGUUCCGAGAACAAAGUAGUUCUAUAUUUCCACUUUUUCUAUGGUGGUGGUACAAAAGUUGAGUUCUCACGGAAGGUCGAUUAACAUAUUUCGUGUUAGGAGUCGUCAAAUCCAAAACUGCUAUCUUGCACCUGUUGGGAAUAAUGCAAGCUCUAAAAGGCGUUGUGAGGGUCUACCUUAAUGGAGUCCAGCCAUUAAGAGGUUGAGUUUCAG